AUUUCAGAAAGACACGUAUUUGAUAUCUUUUACCAGUCAAGUCAACGGAGAACAUAUACCCGCCUCCUUAACUGACUUUUAAGCUUUUCCUCUCAGUUGAGUCUCCAAACACUAUUACACAAUCCAGAAUCCAAGGGAGCAAAGGAGAACAAAAGAAAAAGGCUCAGAUUCUCUCCCUGUAAUGAACCCUAAUUCCUCUCCGGUCGAAAUCUAGAAGACGAUGAUGGCGGUGUCCGUACAGCAACCGCUGAGCCAUCUAUGGGACACGGUGCUCCAGCUCACCAAGUCCGCCCAGGACAAGAACAGCGACCCGCUCCUCUGGGCGGUUCAGCUCAGCAACAGCCUCAACUCGGCCGCCGUGGCGUUGCCUUCCGUCGAGCUCGCGCACCUCCUCGUCUCCCACAUCUGCUGGGCCAAUCACGUGCCCAUCACGUGGAAGUUCCUCGAGAAGGCCUUGACCGUCAAGAUCGUCCCUCCCAUGCUUGUUCUUGCUCUGCUCUCUACCAAGGUUGUUCCAAAUCGGCAACUUCACCCUGCAGCAUAUAGACUUUACAUGGAACUUCUUAAGAGACAUACAUUUUUAUUUGCUUCACAAUUGAAUGGACCAAAUUGUCAAAAGAUCAUAAAAUCCAUUGAUGAUGUUCUGCAUCUUUCCCAGCUGUAUGGCCUUCAAGUGUGUGAACCUGGAGUUGUUAUUGUUGAGUUUGUCUUUUCCAUCAUAUGGCAGUUACUUGAUGCAUCAUUAGAUGAUGAAGGUUUGCUGGAACUUACCCCAGAUAAGAAGUCUAGAUGGUCUACCAGGCCAGAAGAUAUGGAAAUAGAUGGUCAUGAUUGCUUUAAUGAGAAGAGAAGUGAGCAAAAUGAAGGCUUGCAGAAAGCAAAUACUGCAAUGGCUAUUGAGAUAAUUGUAGAGCUUCUGCAAAACAAAGUAACUUCAAGGAUUUUGUGCCUGACACGCCGAAAUUUGCCGUCACAUUGGGGAGGUUUCAUUCAGAAAAUGCAAGUGCUUGCAGCAAACUCAUCAGUUUUGAGGACUUUGAAACAUAUAACUCCAGAGUCCCUUCUGCAGUUGACAUCUGAUACACGUCGACUUCUGACUCGGGAAUGCAAAAUCAUUUCACAGAAAGAAUUUCAUGCAGUAUUGUCUUCUGGGUCUCUGAGGUCUUCUGCUAGUCAAUCUCACGGAGUGAGUUCAUCUGCUUUUUGGCUUCCCAUUGAUCUGUUUCUGGAAGAUGCUAUGGAUGGAUCAGAAGUAGCAAUAAUUAGUGCCGUUGAAACCCUUACUGGUUUAGUAAAGGCUCUGCAGGCAGUUAAUAGCACCACAUGGCACAACGCAUUUUUAGGUUUAUGGAUUGCAGCCCUGCGACUUGUUCAGAGAGAAAGGGAUCCCAGAGAAGGACCUGUCCCUCGUCUUGAUACCUGCUUAUGCAUGUUGUUGUCUAUUACGACACUUGCAGUGACUAAUAUUAUUGAAGAAGAGGAAGCUGAGCUGAUGGAGGAAAUCGAAGGGGAUCGUACUAACCAAAGAAAGGAACAAGCUCCAGGAAAGCGUCGCAAGGGGUUAAUUAUGUGCUUACAGCGGUUGGGUGAUUAUGAGACCUUAUUGACUCCACCUCAGUCUGUUUGUUCGGUGGUCAAUCAAGCUGCAGCCAAGGCUAUAAUGUCCAGAUCAGGCCUUACAGUCAGUAAUGGAUACUAUGAAUCUGUUAGUGUGAAUGACAUGCCAAUAAAUUGUAGUAAGCAAUUAAUUUUUCCUUCAGAUUUGCAAUUUGAUUUAUGAUGGAUUUUUAG